UGACGUAGCGAUGGACACCAUCGAUCUCGACGACAUUGAGCUGACGUUCGACGAGCCAGACGCGAGUGACGUGGUCUUGGAGUUACUUCCUAUGAACACAGGGGUCACUUCAGCCACGUACAACUUUCGCCUCCUCGCCGACGCUCACCAGAGUUGGUAUCCGAGUGCCCGUCCAGCUCGUCACCGCCCGUGCAGCACGCAACGACGACGGUCCCACUCGCUACCGAGCGCAUUGCCCACAAGCAUGACAGCACCCGAUGCAGAUCUGUCGAGUCCCGAGGUCGAGCCCGAGCCGGAACCACUGGCCCGCCCGCCAUCGAAGCAACCACUGACGCCGCAGCAGCGUCUCCAGGACUGCCUCGUGCGCAACAUGGCCCUCACGCAGGCCGUCGCGCAGAAAUCCAAAGAGAUUGAGCGCCACUCAUUUGUUGUACUGCAGUUGCAGCAACAACUCGAGCACGCGGAAGGUCGCAUCCAGCACCACAUGGGCUUGGCGACCAAGAUGGAGAAGCGGCUCGCGCUGGCGAACGAGCGCACACGCGUCACGUCCGAAGGCCACGCAACGCUCAAGCAGCACCUCAACGGCCUCCGUGUCAAGCUCGCGGCGACAACCAAAGACAACCAGCGCUUGCGCGGCAACGUGUCGGACCUCGCCUUCGACGACCUUGAGGCACUCGAAGCGACGCUCGAAGCCAGCCUGCGCAGCGUCCGCGACAGGCUCAAGGCGCAGUACCGAGCGGCCAUGGACGCGCGGUCAGACUUGUGCAUCGUCUGCUACUCGGAGCCGGUGUCGAUUGUGCUGCUGCCGUGCCGCCACCGCGUCCUCUGCGGCGCCUGCGCGGUCCGCGUCGUCAAUUGCCCUGUGGACCGGCGCGAGAUCACCGACAUGUUGUCCACGUUUGGGCAUGCGGCAUAAGCCAUCGUAGAGUCAUAUUGGUGCAACGACAAUAUUGUAGACAACGA